AUGCGCGUGUCCAUCCUCCUCUCUGCUGUCCUCCUUCUGGUAGGGGGUGCAGUUGUUGAUGUCGCGGCAGCUCCAGCCAAGGCUGUCAGAGGCCCGUCCUCGUCGCGCGCCCUGGGCCACGGUGCGCGGACCCGUCGGUUUCGGCGGGACAGCACACCUUUCCUCGACCCGUCCGCGCUGGUGACGCUGUCUACCUCGGAAAUCUCGGAGUUUGAGCCUUAUCUAGAGAUGGCGCGUGCGGCGUAUUGUGCGCCCAGCCUGACCGCUGACUGGGAGUGUGGAGAGGCAUGCGAUGCUGUCUCGGACUUCACGACCUACUUGUCAGGAGGCGACGGAGAUUCUAUUCAAUACUACUACGUGGGUUACUGGGCUUCUGAGAACGCAGUGGUGGUGGCUCACCAAGGAACGGAUCCGACGCAACUUCUGUCCGAUCUAACAGACGUCGACAUCAUCACGGAGAAUCUGAACAGCACCUACUUCCCCGGUGUCUCGUCCAGCGUCUACGUGCACAGCGGCUUCGCCGACGAGCAGGCGGAUACGGCGAGGAUCAUUUUGGAGCAGACGAAGAGCAUCAUCUCAAGUACGGGUGCGGACACUGUUAUUUGCGUUGGGCACUCCCUUGGUGCCGCGCUCGCAGAGCUGGAUGCAAUGAUGUUUGCAUUGAACCUCGACUCUGACAUUGCCGUUGUCGGCCGCACGUUCGGCACCCCCCGUGUCGGCAAUCCAGACUGGGCUGAUCUGUUCGAUGAGAUGGUUCCCGAUUUCACUCGUAUGAACAACAUGAAAGAUCCUAUCCCGAUCGUCCCUGGGCGUUCCCUGGGCUUUGAGCAUCCCGAGACAGAGGUACACGUCGUAUCCGAGGCCGACAACGACGUGGUGGCCUGCCCGGGCAAUGAGGACGCGACCGAUGCUGAUUGCACGAUUAUGACAGUCCCUAAUAUUCUCGAUAGCGACAUUUUAGACCAUCUGGGACCAUACCCUGGCAACAUCUACAUUGGUACUAUCUAUUGCACGUAA